GGUACCUUCACUGUUCAAAUCCACUUUCUGAAAUGACGUCAUUGCCUUGGGACUACACCACAGCCUAAAUGUUUUCGACAGAGAAGUUAUUUCGCUUUUAACAUAAACUAACAAGAAAGGAACUUUACACAAGCUGCUCAAGAAUAACUGAGUAUUCAAGCAAGUCAGCAUUGUUUCAUCUAUUUGCUGUCAAAGAAUAUGGCGAUGCCAGGAAGCGGCAGCCAGACGGGACACACCAGCCGCCAGCGUCUUCGUCCUUGGCUGAUUGAUCAAAUAAACAGUGGCAAGUACCCUGGCCUUAGUUGGAUUGAUGGAGUCGACAUGGCUUUCAGGAUUUCUUGGAAGCAUUUUGGGAAACCUGGUGUGGACGAAGAGCGAGAUGCAAAAAUCUUUCGCGAAUGGGCUAGGCACACUGGGAAAUACAAGGUUGGCGACCAACCUGACCCAUCAACCUGGAAAACUAGAUUUCGAUGUGCACUUUACAAGUUACAAGAUAUCGAAGAAUUGCCAGAGAUGAAUAUGCUAGACGGAGACGAGCCAUAUCGUGUUUACAGAUUUAAAUCCAAAGAGGAAGUGGAACAGGAUUCUAAAAGUUCAUCGGCCAAUGCAUCAUUUCCACCGAGUCCGGCCUUAAGCAGAGAUAGCUUAAUGGAUGGUUCCAGAGAUGAAGAUAUUUUUUUGCCGAGAGAUAUAAUGGAGAUGAACAGACUAGGUGAUAUAGGAAUCGACGAAGAGUUUCUUGCUGAAGUCAAUUCUGCUUUUAGUUACGACCAGACAAGGCUACAGGAACCUAUUCCAUCAACCCUAUCUUCAACGGUGAGUUUACAAGUACAGUUGUAUUUUAAAACAAGAGAGAUUGGAGUUCCGAUACUGAUAAACAACCCUACUGGUUGCCGGAUUGCAUAUGGAGCACCACCCCCGUUACCAGAUGAUUUAGCAAAUGGGGGCAAUGCAGAGGUAGUAAGCCAUAUAUUUGGGCCAUUUCACGCACAACAAGUGUACUAUCCCGAAGCUGAUGAUGCUGAUACGUCGCGGCUGCUUCCUUACAUGAAGCGUGGAUUGGUAUUGCAGACAAAUAAUAGCGAUAUUUACGCAACUAGACUCUGCCAGGCAAAGAUAUACUUCUGUUCCUCGCCAUCUGGUGAAGCGGAGCCGAUAGAGCUGCCUAGAGAACAAACGACCAAAGUUUUCGAUUUUCAAGGCCAGUUCCAACCGCAGCUAAAUUUAGCUCUCACUGGAACUGUGCGUCCACCACGCCCAGAAUUAUACUUUAGCUUCGGACAACGUUGGGGAUCUGGUAACAGUUUGUCUUAUAACUUGGUGUAUGCUUGCGUGACCCAUGUGUUGGCUGACCAGCAAAUUAAAACACUUUUCAGCCAAAAAUCAGAAGUACAGGUUUCUGAGCCGAAUCCUCUUGACGAUAUAGCAACACAGAUCGAUGCUUUGAAUCUAAAUGGACCGAUAAUUCAUUGACCUUUGCCUUCGUCAAGGUGCCGUUUUUAUGACUAGACAGGUAGAUAAAGGACAGGGCCAAUCCUAUCGCUCUGAACUCAUUUAGAGCUGUUAUUCGUUUAAAAAAAUGUAUGCCCAUUAACAAAAUUGUCUAAUUUCUCUUUGGUGACGAGAAAUUUUAUAAAGAGGUUCUUCUAAAGAGCACUGCCAUUAUUUCAAAACCUAGCUCAAAGUGUCUCCGAACGUAGUUGACAAGACGCAAAGAAUACCAAAACGGUAUUUAGUUUUGUUAAGGCCCAAGCUCUUCCUUAUUUCCUCUUAUCUUAGCGCCGGGGAACUACAAGUUUUCCGCAUCAGGAAGCGUAAGCUUGAAGUCUUUUUAAACUUUGCCUUAAGAUCGAACUGUAUUGCCAGAAAUUUCCAAUCAAAAUCUUCUUAUCGUUUCAUAUAAAAAACCGUGUUAAGACAAGAAGCACAAUAUCAAACGAAUGAAAUACUUGAACAAAAUUAAGGUGGUAGUCUUUGCUAUUGCUAUUUUGGUUUAGUAUUCCAAAUUCUUUGUUAUUCAUGAGUUUACAUGGUUGCCAUGUUCUUUGAAUUGAAGUUACGGAUGCUUUUUGUAAAAUAACCAAAUUAUGACUACAAAUAUUUACCUUCAAGUAUUAUGACUGCAAAGAUAUGUAUUCCAUAAUUGUGAUUGUGAAAGAUAUUUCCACCCUGUUAAGCUGUUUAAAAGCUAUAUAUUGAAUAGGGUAUACCGUUGAUAAGCAAGAUAAGACCUUUUUUGCCAGCCUGUCGUAUGGUCACCAAUGCCGUAUAGGCAGAGCGGUUCAUUGGACGUUUUUGAAUAGCAUCCAUUUGAGUUGCAGCGACAUAACGCGUAUGGUAAAUCCAUUCAGUUUCACUCAUUAAGUUUUAGUAGGCCAUUGAAUCCUUUCGCCUCCUAUAUAAAGUUCAUCCUUCUUAGUUUUUGAGAACCAUUAAAAGGCUUUGCCUAUCUAACAGUUUUAUUAUCAGAACUUCUUAUGUUAGUCUAUCUUAAAGAUAUGGUUUGUAGCUAUGAAUAUCAAUAUAAGAUUUAUUUUCACUGA